AUGACGCGUCCGGAGAACGGCACUGUGACCGCGGAGUUCCUCCUCGUGGGAUUCAGUGACCACCCGGAACUUUGGCAGCUGCUUUUCGCUGCAUUCUUUUCCAUUUCCUCUGUCACCUUGAUGGGGAAUCUUGGCAUGGUUCUGUUAAUCUCAGUCAGCUCCCACUUGCACACCCCCAUGUACUUCUUCCUCUGCAUGCUCUCCUUCGUGGACGCGAGCUACUCUUCUGUCAUUGCCCCCAAGUUACUGGUGAACUUGAUUUCUGAUGAGAAGACCAUUUCUUACAAUGGCUGUGCUGCGCAGUUAUAUUUUUUCUGCUCUUUGGUUGACACAGAAUCUUUCCUCCUGGCUGCCAUGGCUUAUGACAGGUAUAUAGCAAUCUGCAACCCUCUGCUUUAUACCGUUAUUAUGUCCAAGAGAGUUUGUGGCCAGCUCGCACUGGGAGCAUUUCGGGGCACUGUAAGCUCAAUUAUUCACACCACUAAUACUUUCCUUCUAGCCUUCUGCUCUGAGCAAAUAAACCAUUUCUUUUGUGAUAUCUCCCCACUUUUUUCUCUGUCCUGCGCUGACACAUACACACAUGACAUCAUUCUGGUGGUGUUUGCUAGUUUGGUGGAAGCUAUUUGUCUUCUAACAGUUCUCCUGUCUUAUAUGUGUAUUAUAACAGCCAUCCUUAAAACAGGCUCAGCAGAAGGAAGAAGGAAAGGAUUCUCCACCUGUGCUUCGCACCUGAUGGUGGUCACCAUAUAUCACGGCACUCUGAUCUUCAUUUACUUGCGUCCAAGUGCAGGACAUUCAAUGGAUACUGAUAAAGUGACCUCUGUGUUCUAUACACUGAUUAUACCCAUGCUGAACCCCCUCAUUUACAGCCUAAGAAACAAGGAUGUCAAGAGUGCCUUUAGAAAGAUAAUUACCCCAAAAGGGCUAUCUUAA